AAUUCCUAAUACUGUAACAACUGUUACUUUAUGUGAUGGAUUCAAUCAAAAACUAACCAAAGGUAUAAUACCUGAUACCAUUAAAGAUUUGCAUAUAGGUGAUAUAAAACAAGAUUUAAUUAUUGAUUCAAUUCCUAACACAUUAAGCAAUGUCCAUAUUUAUAAAAGUUGUAAAAAAAUAAUUAAUCCCUUCGUUCCUGAAAAUGUCAAAAUAGUAAACAUAUAA